AUGUCAAUUCGAACAAACAAGAUGAAAGCAGUAGCUGUGUUGCUGAAGCAGUUGAUGACAGCAAGGAGCAAAUUUGAUGAAAGAGGAAGAGAUGAAUCAUUUGAUAGGAAGUUGGAGAAGUUGAGGUUAGAUCUGAACAAGAUAAAGGAUGUGUUUGUGAGGGUGAAGAAGAACGAAGAAGACCUCCUCGACAUAUUAGCAGAGGUGUAUGGCCAUCUUCGCAAGUUAGACCGUGGGAAGCUGAAUCAAGACAUGGAUGACAUUUGCCAGAGAAUAAGAGAUUCUGCUCACAAUUUGCUUCCAAAGCAUGCUUUUGAUGAGUCAUCUGAGAAGGAGGAUCACAAGGGUGGAGAAAUAUUUCCCUUACCAGAAGAAUCGGUGCAACUCCAACAGAAGAAGCGCUGGACUCUGGAAGAUUUUAACUUGCUAGACGAUUCAUUAAAAGCUUGCUUGUUGUCUCUCUCAGUUUUCCCUGAGAACGCUGUCAUAAGGAAAAGAAAUGCAAUUAAUUUGUGGAUUGGAAAGGGUUUGAUUAAAAAUACGAUGGAGAAAACAGCGGAGAAUAUUGGUGAGGAUGUGAUUGAUGAUCUUUUGGAAUUUCAGGUGAUUGUACCCUAUGGUAGUAGAAAGGAUGCCCUUGUCAAAAAAUUUCAAAUUCUUCCUGACAUCCGUCAUGGAGCUUUUUAUCCGCAAAUUAAAGUAGAUAGGUUAGAGCUUGAGCAAAAAAGAGUUAAAGUAGGUGAUCGGUAUUUUGGUCACACUAUACGUACUGUUUUUAAUAUUGGUUCAAGUUACCUAAAUUUUAAACCGCAAUGGGUCACCGAUGAAUUGAAAGAUUUAGAGGUGCUUCAACUAGGACGUUGGCAAGAUUCAGCUUUGCAUCACAUUGAAGUUGGGAGUGAAGAAUUCUUGAAAGAGUUGAGAUAUUUAAAGAAGUUGAAAUAUCUGAGUCUUCGUGGGAUUUCGAACAUAUUCGAGCUGCCAUCCUCCAUCGGUGAACUUGAGAGUCUAAUAAUUCUUGAUCUGAAGGCAUGUCAUAAUUUGGAAAGACUACCAAAUGAUAUUUCAUCAAUGAAAAGUCUGACACAUCUGAUUAUGUCUGACUGUUGCUUGCUGGAGGGAAUGCCAAAGGGGAUUGAGAAGCUCACUAAUCUCCAAGUACUCAAAGGAUUUUUAACAACUACUUCUGAAAAGACUCCUUGCACAUUAUCAGAUCUUGCUAAUAAUUUGACAAAUUUAAGGCGACUCAGCAUACGUAUUGGAAGUGAGGCCAUGAUAAGGGAUGGGGAGUUCCAAAGUUUGAAAAAUUUUAGAAAACUGAAGCAUCUGAAAAUAUCUUGGAGUGUGUCUGACCCAAGGUAUGCUGAAAUUCCUAUCCUUUGGCCAGUAAGUUUGAGAAAGUUGCAUCUUGAAUGUUUUCCUGGAAAGAGUCUUCUAGAAUUUCUUCCUGGUGAAGAGAUUUUUCCAGAAUAUUUACAUAUACAGAGUGAAUAUGAAAUACUAGAGCUAAAUAUAACUGGAGGAAAACUGGAAAAUAUAUUUUUCCACCGGAUAGGGAGGAAUGUGAACAUACUGCGUCUAAAGUACCUUAAGCAAUUGAAUGUCGAUAUAGACGAUUUGAAAAUAUUCUUUCCUUUCCUACAAUAUCUAGAAAUUAAACAAAUCUCAAACCAUUCAUAUAUUGAGUGUAGAUAUGAAAAUUUUGCAAAUUUUGCAAAUUUUGCAAAUUCAGCAUACGUAUUGGAAGUGAGGCCGUGA